UGCUUUUCUCGUACCCUCCUUCGCAUUUCCCGUCGCCAUUAUUGUAUUUAACCUGUACCGGUGGACAGAUGGCGAUUGUUCGAAGCGUUUUAGUGUCCAGUGAAACACCGGGACGCCCCCCUCUCUGUGUUCGUCGGUCGUAACGUCCGAGCGUCCAGCUGAUUGCUUUGAGUGCCGUUCAAUUAUUCCAGUUCAAACUGAGCCGUUUUGUUUCGCCAGACGGAAGGUUUUUGUGGCCGAAACGGACCCACUUCGCCACCCUUUCCCACCAGCCCGUGGACUUUAAAACAAAGAGGACAUUUAUCUUUUUGUCCAACUUGAGUGUUGGAUCGUUUUUCUCAUUGAACGACCAGGCCCCGGACUCAUCCCCAGCCUCGCGUUUCCAUAUCGGUUUUUGUUGGAAGUCAUGGGAGACACAAGUGAACGAAGCAAACCUCCGAGUCUACCUCCCCGGUGUCCCUGUGGAUUUUGGGGGUCCAGUAAAACCAUGAAUCUCUGCUCCAAAUGUUUUGCUGACAUCCAGAAGAAACAGCCAGGGGAGGACUGCACCUCCAAGCCUAUCCAAAGCACUGGGAGUAGCCAAUCGCCGGUUUUCAGUAGCGAGACGAGCAGUAGCAGUAGCCAAUCCCUAUUGUCGUCGCCGCCCUCUAGCUCCGAGCAGCCGUCGACCGAAGAGCCCUCGCCCACGUUUCCGAGCACGAGGGAAGGCGUGUCGUCCACAGAAACAGCCCAAGGCACACUCUGCACACCCACAAAACGUCCACGAGAAUCAGCGUCGGGCUCGGAGAGCGAGGCGACGCCAGAGAAACGGCCACGAACAGACGAGAAGGAGGGGGGCGGCGAGGAAGCCCGUGGGACGCCCAAGCAGAAGAACCGCCGGCGCUGCUAUCGCUGCCAAACCAAACUAGAGCUGGUGCAGCAGGAACUGGGCUCCUGCCGCUGUGGCUAUGUAUUCUGCAUGCUUCACCGUCUACCCGAGCAACACGACUGUCUGUUUGACCAUCUGGGCCGCGGGCGUGAGGAGGCCGUCCUCAAGAUGGUGAAGCUGGACCGCAAGGUGGGCCGCUCGUGCCAACGCAUCGGGGAGGAGUGCUCCUGAUUGGCCACAACGUGACCAGCCAUCCAAUUUGAGAUGUGGCGCUUACAAAGAGGAGGAGGAGGUGGAAGGAGAGCUGGGAGGAAUGACAA